AUGGAAGGUUUCUUCACUGGAAAAGAGGCAUACGGGAAACAUUUUGAUCCAAAGGAUUAUUUCAAUCUCUACAUGUCAUUCUGUGCGGGCAUCCAGGAAAUGUUCCACAAGGCCUUCUUUGUGGACGGCAUCCGAGGAGACACCCUGAUUGACAUCGGCAGCGGUCCCUGCAUCUACCAACUGCUCUCUCCAUGUGACUCCUUCAGGGAGAUCAUUGUUACUGAUUUCCUUGAGCAGAACCGGGCGGAGAUACAGAAGUGGCUGAAGAAGGACCCGGAAGCCCUUGACUGGACAACCAUGGUGAAAUAUACCUGCCAGCUGGAGGGGGACAGGGAGAAGUGGAAGGAAAAGGAGGAGAAACUCAGGAGGACCAUCAAGCAAGUCCUGCCGUGCGACGUGACCCUGGCCAAUCCCUUGGAUCCUUUGGUGCUCCAGCCAGUCGACUGCCUCAUCUCUUCUUUCUGCCUGGAUUCGGUUUGCAAAGAUCUUCCUGCUUACUGUUCGGCUGUGAAGAAUGUGGGCUCCUUGGUCAAACCUGGGGGGCACCUCAUCUUUGUGGUGAAUGUGGAGAUAACCUACUACAUGCUUGGCCCACAUAAGUUCAGUUGCCUUUGCCUGACACCAGAAAUGAUCAGAGAUGCUGUGAAAGGGGCCGGCUUUGAAAUCCUGUGGUCUCAAAGCCUUGGGUUGCUCACUCCUGCGUCGGUGUGUGAUGCCAAAGACACAAUUUUCCUGGUGGCCAAGAAACCUAGCGAAUCCCAGUGAGUUAGUGGGGAAAGAACCAAAGCCGACCAAAGGAACACCAUAAAUGAAGCUCAUUCUCCAGACCUUUGAGCUCUAGAUUGGAAACACACAAAGAA